AUGUUUCCUAUUUUAACCAGACUAGCAAGGCCUGCCGUGAUGGCUGCGAGACCCGUGAACGCCGCCGGGUUGUUAAGGGCGUCCAGCAUAACAAAAAGACUGUACCAUCCCAAGGUCAUUGAACACUACACACACCCAAGAAACGUGGGGUCGUUAGACAAGAAAUUGCCCAAUGUCGGCACAGGCUUGGUGGGUGCACCAGCGUGCGGCGACGUGAUGAGACUGCAGAUCAAAGUGAACGACUCCACGGGUGUUAUUGAGGACGUCAAGUUCAAGACAUUUGGUUGUGGCUCCGCCAUCGCGUCCUCUUCUUACAUGACUGAGCUCGUUCAAGGGAUGACCCUGGACGACGCUGCGAAGAUCAAGAACACCGAGAUUGCCAAGGAAUUAAGCUUGCCCCCUGUUAAGUUGCACUGCUCCAUGUUGGCGGAAGACGCUAUCAAGGCAGCCAUCAAGGACUACAAAUCGAAGAGAAGCACCCCAACCAUGUUGUCAUAG